AUGGGGAAGAGCGGUCGUCUUUCAUUGGAAGUCGACGGCGGUGAGAGACAAUCAGAAGGGUCGAAGAAGCAGCAUAUGGCGGAAGAGAUGAUUCUAGGUGCUAGUUUUGACAGCCAUGGUGGUGGUGGUGAAGAGAAAGAGAAACCAGGUGUAAUUGGUUGCUAUGCAUGUCAAAACCCAAUAUCAAGUGGCUUUUAUUCGAUUUUGGAGUUGAACCAGACCUUUCUUGGAGCUGUUAUGUUUGUCGUAAUAAAAAAAAAGGGGUUUGGUUAUUCCUACAAAAAUCCUGAGUUCAACAUUUUAUUUAAUGCUUGCACCGAUUGUCGUCUUGUUGAGAUUGCUCACAAGGCAGAAGCUGAUGCUAUCAAGGAGGCAGGAAGGAUCAAGAUUGAACACGAAGGCCAUCCACAAUACACUUUAACCCUCCAAUUAAGACGUGGUUCAUUUCGGUGUGAUGCUUGCAACACUAAGGAUGAAGGAUUGUUCUAUCUUUGUUAUAGUUGUGACUUCUGGAUCCACAAGACUUGUGCUUUCUUAGACGCUUCCAUUAAUCUACCCCAUCAACAUAAUCACCCACUCUUUCUCGUCUAUUCGCUUCCAGAAAUGUAG